AUGUCCGCGACGGAGAUGUCGAAUGGGAGCAAGGCGGCGGCAAACGAGGUGCGGCUCGACAGCUCCGGCGACUCGCCCGACUCCGUUGCCGCCAACGGCAGCAAGAAAAGGUCUACGAACGGCCGCGGCGAUGGCAGGCCAGGCUCCGGUCUAAAGAGUUCCACAACGGGUGCGGCGGCGAAUGCCUUUGGCGAAGUCGUGCGCAUGACAUCCGUGCAGACCGUGACCAUCGGAGACGGGAGCGGCACCGCGGCGGAAACACGCAGCAGCAGCAGCAGCAGCAGCAGCAGCAAUGGAGGCUCUGCAUCCCCGGCGGCGGCGUCUGCUACGGCGGUGAACGCGACGCCCAGCAAAACGACAAUCGUGCCGUACCCGGCGCCGUCGGUAGGCCUGUCAGCCCCCACAACUUUUGCCACGUCGCUCUUGAAUUUGGAGGUCAAGGUGCUCACGCAGGCGCUCGGGGCGGAGAAUCAGUGGGUGGAGCAGGGCGACGGUCGAGUAUCCUUCUGCGACUUCACCAUUCGCGUCACGGCGCCGAAGCCGAGCACGGAGGGCACCCUGAAGGACAAGAGACUGUCGGGGAAUCCGAAUGGGUUUCUUUCCGGUUCGACCGAAGCUGAGAGCUCCGCCUCGUCUGUUAAGUCGCAGGAGGUCGUGAAGGGCACGUCAUCCGCCGGCGAAACGCGCUCUGCCACCUCAACCGUGUCCGACCUGGACGAGGACGAAGAGGACGAGGCGGUCAUCUUGGAAGACACGAUUAGCAACGACACGCCGUUUGUCGGGGAGAACUGCUGCAUUGUGUGGAACAGCUUUGAGAAGCAGCUCUCGCUGUGUCUCAUGUACGCCUCCGAGGAGGGCUACUCCGCCUCCUGGAGUGCGCUGGUGGCGCUGCAGGACAAGAGCUACCCCCCGUUUCGCUACGACCUGCUGGAGCGGUGUUGCCCUGCCAGCGAGCGCACCGUUCUCACCGUGCCGGACAGCGAAUCUUCCGUCACUCCCAUCCCAAGCUCCAGCGAUAAGGCAGAUGGCCCGGUCCUGCCCUACGCGUACUUCAUUCAUGAGCGCCAUGACCCCCCGCUUGGCUUCAUCGAACAGCACGCACUGUCGCUCUCCAUUAUCGAACACCAUCACGCGUCCAACCCGGCCUUGUACGAGAACAAAGACACCGUCGUGGCGAUGCUGAGUGUCGCCAACGCGGACCUGCUCGACCACCUCAUAUCUGAUCAAAACUUUCCGCUGCUGCUGUCCGGCCUGAAGUGCACCGCGAACUCGUUGGAGUGGGUGGUGCCGGCGCAGCUGCGCGAGCUACACGUCCCUCCCGACGUCACGGCCUCCAUCGCAAAGGACCGCCGCAUCACCUUCUUACAGGAGUCUGUCCUGCCCACCUGCUGCUCGGGCGAGACGAAAACGGAGCUGAUGACCAAGUACUCCACGCUGAGCCGUCGCAUCCGCAACGACAUCGUGUGCGGACUGCUGACAUGCGACGCCCUCUUCACCGAGGCGAGUGAGGCGCUGCGGAUUGCGCCGCCGGCCGUGGUGAACGGCACAGCGAGCACCAAGAGCGUCCACAAUAGCCCGGGUGCGAUGGCGCUCAGUCGCAUCAAUUCGAUUGACUCGUCCGCGAACUUGUCGAAUGGCUCCUUAAGCAGCGACGCCUCGCCGAAGACAACAUCUCUCGCGGGCGACGCCGUGAUACAGGUACAGAAGGCGGAGCAACAGGUGCUGGCGCAUCUGCGCUUCUUCCGCGAACUGGUCACCCUCAGCAUCUCGGAGCUGGGCCGUGAGAUGGUAGGGCCGAUUGUGGGCAAGGUAUACCAAUGCGGUCUGCUGUACUCUCUCUCCCUCGUCGCUGAGCGCUUUGCGAUGCCGGCCAACGUGGCGACUGUCUUCGUGAAGCGCCUGACGGAAAACAACAACGGCGGCCUCGGUUCCAACCGCAGAGGGGGCGGGGCCGCCGUGGUCACGUCCGGUGGUAACAGUCACGCGACAUCGAAUGGUACGAAUUUUUACUCGCCCGCUGUGGAGCAGGAGCUGGCGGCGCUGUUGGACGUGACGCUGGUGCGCAUCAACGAGCGGCAGGAGGAGCAGCUGAUGAAUGACCACGUCCGCGCCCCUAUUCUGGCUGACCCCCUCAAGUACAACGGCUUAGUUACCUUCAUGGUGCGUCAGCUCGUCGUGAACGGCGCCGCGACGGGCUCGGCCCCUUCGACAGGUACAACUCGCGCGGCGUCGGGUGGGGGUAUGCUUCCCCAGCCGAAGCGCAUUAUGCGGGACAGCAUGUCUGCCACCAACCCUUUCGCCCUCUUCCACGUGCUCGGGCUGCACGACGACGAAGGGUCGGCCGCGUCGGAGCGGGUGCUGGAUGCGGAGAGCACGUACGUGCGCAACCAAUUUCACAACUUCAUCAUCACCAAGUAUCUGGCGCACGCGACACGUGGCACCAUGCCCCCCGUGCCGCUGCCGCCGUCUCUCGGUGGGGUGGCAGCGCGCAACACCCCCAUUGUCCGCUUCGACAACGCCGCGGCGGCGCAGAGCGGCGGUGUGCGUAGCGCUCAUCACGACAGCGGUGAAUCGAGCACGAGCACCACCACUCUCGGCGUGCCCAACACCGGCGUCGGGGUCGGGGCAGGCAGUGCUGGCUCUAGCGGUGGCGGCAACAGCAGCAACGGUGGCGGUGGCGCGAACGGUGGUGGUAGUCCGUCUACCUCCCCCGUCCUUCCUCUUCCCCAAGGCGUUACCCCGGCCUUAAUCCGCGUGCUGGAGUACUUGGUGGCGCUUGCAAGUCGCCCGAAUCGUGAACUGCUGCUCAAGACGGUUUUUCACCCCAAGUCGCACAUUCUGCACUUUAUCGAGGGCGCCUGCGAUACACUGUGCUGCACCGACGGGAUAGGCGGCCGGUGCCAGGUCGGUCUCGACGUCCUCUGCGGCUGUGUGCGCUUUUUGAAGGUUGUCAUCACGCAGAUGGCGUUGCCCAGUGCUGAGCAGGACGAGAACCCCCUUUCUUCCUACGCUGCUUCGCCUGAACCCCUCUCCUCCACGCAGACCACUGCCAUCUGCCGUCAGUUAACGGUGGAGCGCGACACCUUUGGCUACCUGCUGAAGGCGUACAAUAAGCUUGGUGGUUUGCGCCGCAACACCGUCUUCCACUCUAGCCUCCUGGCCGUCCUCGAUAUCAUUAGUAAAUGCCCCUCCAAGGAGGCCGAAGACAGGUCCACGAACAACCUGCGGGACCUGCGGGAUUAUUUGUUCUACAAGCACCUCACGCGCCUUCCGGAGGUCUUUGCGCGCCGCUUCCGCGAGCAGCUGCUGGAUGAGGCCAGCCGGCGCCUCGGUCGGGAGGCGUCGCACUCGCCGAACGACAGCGUGUCGGUGCUGAGCAGUACCAUUGGCAGCGAGCUGCUCCGCUCCUCCAGCAAGUUGCGCUUCGUCGACGAGGUGGAGGCGGCGGCAGGCGGCGUGGACGGCACCGUGGUGCCCGGCAGCGUCAUGAACCCGGCGAUUGCCGCGAACGUGGCCAGCGCCGAGGAGAAGCAGCGCAAGCGCAACGCCCGCUCCACGCUCGAUCAGUGGACGGCGACGGCGACGCACGUGAUGUCGUCACAGUCGCCAGUGCGCGCCGUCGCCUCGCUGGGUCUGUCGGACGAAAACGCAAGCCGAUCCGCCGCGAACGCGUCGCCGCCGCCACCGUCGUCGGCAGGCGCGCGGGCGAGUCCUCCUUUGACGAUCAACAUCUCACGUCCGGGCAGCACGAGCGCUGGCGGCUCCCGCACGUUGUCCGGCGAUGCCGCCAACUCAAACCCGGCCACCACGAAUGGGUCGUCACCGCCUCCGCCGUCUUCUGUGGAAGUCACCGCCGCCGCGCCUUCUCACCUGACCAGCGGAGCGCACGCACCGGACAACAGCGGCGCGCCGUCGACGACCACCAGCAGCGGCACGGCGGUGCUGAAACCGACGGCGCCGAAGAACGAGAAGCCGCCAGGACGGCCGCGCAACUUUGCCAGCGUGCUGGAGACGACCGCAAAAAACACCGAGAACGGCACUGGGAAGAGUCGCAGCAUGCCAAACAUUACCACGGGUGCGUUGUCGCCGCCACCGUCGCCGGAGGAGACACGGCUGGCAAAGUCAGGCACGAUCACGACAUCAGUUCCGCCCCCACGUACGAAUAGCCCUGAUGAGAACGGUGCGGUUAACCACGGUUCUCCUCUCUCCCCGGCGGAUAACGUUAUAUUGCCGAAGAUUAAGAAACGCGCGUCUGCAUCUGGAAAGCGUCUGUGA